AUGGCAGAACGCCCACAGUACUAUAAAAAUACCCUAGAGCCGCUAGAGGUCAAUGCAGCCUCGCUCGCGGAAUCCUUGGAGGAAUUGCGUACCGCAGUUCGCUAUGGAGCUGAAGCUAUUCACGCCAAUGAAACUCCCCAAGACAAAUGGCCAAUUGGUGGCAUGUUUAAACAUUUUCCAGGUAUCAUCCUUGCUUUUUUACGUCUUGACUACCAGUCCUCGGUAUUGAGUGAGGACGAUGAUUCGCAGUCACGGUACCGCCAGUUUGCGCUCGACCGGCUUCCAUUGGGAUUUCCUGAUAUACCUUUAUUGCCAUCUCGAUUGGCUCCUGCAGGAUCAUUUUCCCCUAUCGCUGCUGUAACUCUGCGUGUCCUAUCAGCAAACGCGAAAUCUGACUGGGAAAGAAGCUCUAAGCCCAUUAUUUCUCAGCAGGAUAUCACAUGUCUUCUCGAUGCUGCCAACUUUGCUCUGGAAAAUGGGCCUCUUGUUCCUCAUGAUGGCCGGAAUAUGGGUGGUGACGAGAUGCUGUUUGGUCGUGCAGGUCUCCUAUGGGUUCUACUGAACAUUCGCACGCAUCAAUUUGGUGAAGAAACCCAAAGGGCACUUGGUCCGCUUUUCGAGACAAUCCCAAAACUAGUCGAUGUGAUUAUAGACUCUGGACGCCAGUGCUCGAAAGCUUACAUUGAGAAGAAUGGGGCACAGGAUGCACACCCGUUGAUGUAUGCCUGGAUGGAGGGACACUACUGCUUUGGAGCCGUGCAUGGAAUUACUGGUAUACUGCCCAUCAUCCUUUCGGCUAGGCCAGAAGAACUCACAAAGCACAUUGAUAUUAUUGGAGAAACCAUCACGGCCCUCUGCAAACUCAGUCUUUCAAUCGACGGCCAUCUCCCAAUGACUCUCCCGCCAUUCAGUUUCGGACAAGCCUCGGAGCUUGUGCAGCUCUGCCAUGGAAGCCCAGGGAUCCUGAUUCUCUUAGCAGCAGCUUUGAAGAACAAGUCUCUAACUCAAAAUCACUGGUGUCCCGAAUGGAACCAAACUAUCUACGAAGCCUCUCAGCGAAUCUGGGAAGAAGGCCUUCUAUCUAAGGGAGGAAGUCUGUGUCACGGGAUCUCUGGUAACGGAUGGCCCUGGCUCAUGCUGCACAACGUUUUUGAAUACCACUCAGUGGAGCUAGAAGCUGCUAGAGCUGCCUACAUGCAGCGCUCGCGGUUGGCAUCUUCGAAAGAAGACCGGAGCCCGGAGCUCACCUCGGAUUUCUUUUUAUCGAGGGCUCUGGCAUUCAUGUUGCACUCACGCGAGACGCGACCUUACAACAAAACGAAUGAAUCUUCUGAGAAGGAUUACCGUAUGCCCGACGAUCCAUACUCGUUGUUCGAGGGUCUAGCGGGUAAUGUCUGUGCUUGGGCUGAGACCUGCGCGGUGAUCCAAGCCCGAUUGCGUAAGAUAGAACUUGGCGAAAAGGGAUUGGACUUUGAGUCUGAUUUGAUCUUCAAGCAAGCCAUGAGGAGUGAACUUGGAUUUCCGCUCAUCGGUGGCAAUGGGGCUGGUGGGCUUCUUUAG